GUCUUAAAAAUUAAUAAAACAAAAAUAAAAGCGCGCAAUUUUCUAUAUAGAGAGUCUUGCAAAUACUAAUAAUUAAACGAAUUUCUUCUCACAUUGAAUUGAAUCAAUUAAAGAUGGAGAAAUCACAAAGUCGGAGGCAUCAGCACGGCGGCAGCUCCCCCGGUAUGCUCCGGAGCAAGAGCGGCAGCACGGCGGCGCCAAUCUAUCCGAAAAGAGAAGCCAAAAAUAUAAAAGAGGAGGCAGCGGCGGCGGCGGGCGGCGGUUUGGUGAGGUUUUUGCCGCGUAGCAUGAGCAAGGUGGAGGUGCCGAGGAGGAAGCGUUCGGCGUCGACUUCUCCUUCUGAGUGGGCUUUAUCGCCGGGCAGGUCGCUGCCGUCCUCGUCUCCGGCGGCGCCGGCGCCGGUGCCGAAGUCUCCGAGCGGCGGCCUGAAACGGGAAGUGAGAAGCGGCGUGAGUGUGAGUGGGGUUUUAAAAUACUUCAGGCAGAAGAAGGUUUCACCUUUACUGGAAGAAGAGUACCAUCAGUUUCGCCUAGCGUACAACAGGUUGUUGCAGUGGAGAUUUGCGAAUGCUCGAGCUCAAUCUUCAAUGGCUACCGUCAACACUGCGGCUCAGGGAAAGUUGUUGAAUGGGUGGAUAAGAAUUUCAGUGAUGAGAAAGUUAAUAGUGGAGAAUCGAUGUGAAAUAGAAAAGGUAAAACAAGAAAUGAAGUUGUUGCAUAUAUUGAGCUCAGAAAUGGGACUGCUGAAUGAAUGGUCGAGAAUUGAGGCUAGGAAUGUAGAAGCAGUUGGGAGAGUCGUCAGAAAAUUAUCCGCCAUUUCACUCUGUCUUCCUCUUCUUGAAGACGCACAGGCAGACGUGAUGACCGUCUAUGAUGCAAUAUCCACCGCCUCCGAGGUGGUUGAAAAUAUCAAAGCAAUUAUCUUGGAUAUGUAUUGCCAGGUUGAGAAGACAUGUUUUCUGGUAACGGAGCUGUCGGUGAUGCUCAAACAAUGCAAACAAUUCUUCCAAGAACUGGAAAACCCAGUUGCUCUUGUUGCAUCACUUCAGGUCAUGAAUUAGUGGACGAAGGGAGUAUUAUUUUGCCUUUCUUUCAAGUUGAAUAUUUCAAGAUGAAUUGGUGCAGGAUGAAGAAAGAGGUUUGAGAGUGCAACAUAUUCAAUUGGUGAAGGAACUGAAAGGAAAAGAAAAGACCAUUACAUAUAUGGAAUGCUUUCACUAAAUUAGUUUCGGUUCAUUAACAAUUUCUGCAUGCGCCUCACCCUUUGUAACAAUCAUAAUUUUGCCAAAUUAAUUCUAUAAUAGUGUAUCACUCGCAUGUGGGAGUACUUCAAUUUUUUUUUUCUAAUAAAAAAAUUAGUACA